UCCUGGGUAUCCCUGGGUGAUUGGCGACACAAAAGAUUAUUCCUUCUAAACGAGUAAGCAAUAUAUCUCUUGUUUUGAUCUUGCAUCAGCAUUCAUUGCCAUGACGGUUGCUCUGGCAAACCUGCUACUACGUGAGAAAUAUAAGUUAUAAUAUAAGAACGACGUGAUGCAAAAGCUAUGCAGGAGACCCCGAGGAUGGAGGGCGACGCAGUCCUAGGACUGCGUAAUUAUAGGAGCUUUGCCUAAGAAUGACAAAUUGCACUGCUUGCCUUGUUGCUUCUUACCCUCUUACCAUCGUCAACAAUGCCCGCCUUCGACAGCUCUAACGACUUCCAUUCCCUAUUCCCUCGAGAUGCGUCGCGGCUUGUCCCUAAUGAUACCCAACGAACAACAUUGAUUGUCGCUGGAUGUUAUAUCAUCAUUAUUGCUCUGCUAUGGCAUAUACCUUUUCUUUCUUGGAUCAUUUACCCAUUCAAGUUACUUACUGUCGGAUUCCAUGAGAUGAGCCAUGCUUUCAUGGGAGUGUUGACCUGUGCCCACAUCCAUUCUAUCGAGCUAGACCCGGACGAAGGUGGUGCCACCAGUAUGUCAGGCGGUAUACAGUGGCUCACUUUACCCGCCGGGUACCUUGGAUCUUCCUUCAUUGGCGCUUGCCUUAUUGCUUGCGGGUUCGAUACGAAUGCCAGCAAAGUGGCAUCCCUGGUUCUUGCCGUCUUCUUCCUUUUCACCCUUUGGUGGGCCCGCAGAAAUUGGCUAACAUGGGCCCUCAUUCUGGGGGUGUCAGGCCUCAUCGUGCUCUUCUGGUUCGUUGCCGACAGCGUGGCACUGAGAUACUUUGUACUCUUCAUUGGAGUGAUGUCUUGCAUGUAUGUUCUUUGGGAUGUCAUCGAUGAUACCAUAGCAAGAAAAGUGAAUACCUCGGAUGCAUCGGCGUUUGCUAGAAUCUGUGGAUGUUUCCCAUCACAAGUAUGGGGCGUCAUAUGGCUUUUGGUGGCCAUCGCGUUCUUCGCCGCUGGGAUUCUAGUAGGACUCGCAGCUUUUAAGGAAACUGCUGCAGAACAAGCAAAAGAUUCGGAUCAUUUCCUGCCCGUCCCAGGCGCUGAUGGCGCACUCUCAAUAUCCCCCAACAUUCUGAUGAUAACCCUCAGCGUCCUAGGAUUGACGCUCUUAUGAUCUUGAUCCCUAUGACUACUGCUUGUACAAUUGUACUUACGUCCCCUUCUACCGAAGUAGUAUGUAGAAUAAAUAAAUGUGUACCGAAUCUUAUUUUCUUGCCGCAGCUCCGG